AUGUCGCUGCAAGCACAAGUCGACGAGCUGCGUCAAGUGCUACUUCUGUAUACCUACAAGGACACCUUGGAUAAACUGGUGAUCCAGCAACGUUCUCAACGCUUGAAUCUAAGUAAGACAAUGCCAUCGCUUCCAGCUUCCUUGCGUCGUCGACGUCGCAGCUCUUCUGCAGGCGACCAGGACAGGCCGGAACGUGUCCUGCUUACAGGCAAGACGCUGCCACGUCUGGAAUCACUACUGGGUGAGGGCGAAACAGAUGCUGACCUGGACUUGGAUGAGGGCAUCUUGAAUUCCUUAAAGUUUGAACGCGACAUGGAUGCCCUACGUGCCAUUUACGAGGCCGCCAUCAAGGAGGUCACCGAACCAGAGCAAAAUAUGGAUGCCUUAGAUCGUGCCAUUGGCGCCCUGAAUGGCAAUAGCAGUGGAGAAUCUCAGGCCAUGAAGGAGCUUCAAAGCUCCAAGGAUGAGUUGAAAAACCUCAAACAUGAAUUGGAGAGGGUAAAACAAAGUGGUUUGGACCGCCUAAAGGACAUUGAUGAACGCACCGCCGAUGCCAAAUACAAUCUACGCUGUGUGUCCCGGGUCAAUGACUUGGAAUACAAUUUGGUUCAACGCUGGGAGGCUGGUCGCAUAACGCAGGGCGAGAUUUGGGGUGAGAAUGCUGAACGAGCCUAUUUGAGGGACAUUCUCGACUACAAGCAACGUCUGGCCCGCGAGGAGCGUGUCAGUGGCGAACUGAGAGCCUUUCGCAGUGGCGAGAUUAUCGAGUUGCGGCGCCGCAUCGAAGAGUGGCAACAACGCUACGUUUCCGAGCUGCGUCGCGUGGACCGCGAGUCCGAAGCGUGGGAGCUACGCAUACUGGAGCAAAAGAAACUGCUGGUCCGUCAUCGCGAAAUCUAUGAAGAGCGUUUGGCAUUCGUCAAGGAUUACCAGGCCAAAAAGGCGGAGGAGCAACGUUUGCAUGAUCUUCAAGUGCAUCGCAUGGAGUGUGCCAUUAAGUUGCAAGCCUGGUGGCGUGGCACAAUGGUCCGACGUGGCCUGGGGCCAUUCAAGAAGAAACCCAAACGAGGCAAACGCGGCAAGGCCAAGAAGUAGACAAACACCACUUAACAGGAGACACUCGGAGAAAUUAAGGAAUACGUCUAACUAACAAAUGAAAAUGAAUGACAAAAGCAUUCAAAAUCGAUAAACAAAACAGUCCGAUUAAAAUUGAUCUACACUUGCUGGAAUAAAAAUUAAAUGCAAGCUAUAAACUUAUC